UUGGGAGGUAAACUACACUAACAUUGGUCAUCUACAACUUCAAUUCGGAGUUUUAAGGUGUGGACACACAUGAAUCCCAACAAAGUGUGCUCUUCUCUGCUGCAGGUAGCUAGCCAUGCCUAGCUAGGUUUCUUCUCCUGCUGGGAUUUUCACUCCUACCAGCACCUUGGUUGGAACUUCCAGGACUUUAAAAGUCCGUGUUGGGCUUGUCUGAACUAUACCAUCCUGAAGAUUAGCAUGGGGGAAAGACGGACACGCUCCUUUCACAUGACAUGCCAUGUGCAACGUGACUACGGUAACAAAAUGAGGAGUUCCUUUAUACGCUGCAGUCCCAAUGGGUAUGCUGGAAAGGGAGUCAGUCUCAGCUUGGACCAUGAAAUGGACCUUGCAUCCUCCACCGGCUCCACCACAAGCAGCACGGCCCUCCAGGUUCCUCUACCUGACAUAAGCCACUACUCUCCUGUUUCACUUGAACUGGACCCUGCAGCAGUGAAUAAUGGAUCAAGCAUUCCCUGCUGUCCACCAGGUGACACAAAGGACCCAGAGCUUCAGAUGGUUCACAACCAGCCCUCCGCUAUCCCUGCCCCGCCGCCUCUCCCUCGUUCAAGCUGGAUGCGUCAACAUCAGAAGGAGUUCCAGAGCCCUUACAUCCAGACUAGCAUGCAGGGGGAUGUUUACAACUUCCUAGAGAGACCUGCUGGUCUCAAAUGCUUCCUCUACCACUUCCUUGUCUUCCUUAUGGUCCUGGUGUGUCUUAUCUUCAGUGUCCUGUCCACCAUAGAACAAUAUGCAGACUUUGCCACUGGAACCCUCUUCUGGAUGGAGAUUGUACUGGUGCUGUUCUUUGGCACGGAGUAUGUGGUCCGGCUGUGGUCGGCAGGCUGUCGCAGCAAAUAUGCAGGCAUCAAAGGACGCCUCCGCUUUAUCAGGAAGCCCAUAUCAAUCAUAGAUUUGAUAGUCGUCAUUGCCUCUAUUAUUGUGCUCGGAGUAGGGUCAAAUGGACAAGUGUUUGCCACGUCUGCCAUCAGGGGCAUUCGUUUCCUCCAGAUCCUACGCAUGCUACACGUGGAUCGACAAGGCGGAACAUGGAGGCUUCUGGGAUCUGUAGUUUUUAUUCAUCGGCAGGAGCUGAUCACCACCCUGUACAUUGGCUUCUUGGGUCUGAUCUUUUCUUCCUACUUUGUCUACUUGGCGGAGAAAGAUGCUGUAGAUGAGGAGGGCAAGACUGGCUUCUCCAGCUACGCCGAUGCCCUGUGGUGGGGCGUGGUGACAGUCACCACAAUCGGAUAUGGAGACAAAAUUCCUCAAACAUGGAUAGGAAAGGCCAUUGCCUCCUGCUUCAGCGUCUUCGCUAUCUCCUUCUUCGCUCUACCUGCUGGUAUUCUGGGCUCAGGGUUUGCCUUGAAAGUCCAGCAGAAGCAGAGACAGAAGCACUUCAACAGACAGAUCCCUGCUGCAGCCUCCCUAAUCCAGACACUUUGGAGGUGCUAUGCAGCUGAGAAACCAAACGGCUGUGCUGCUACAUGGAAAAUGUACGUCCUAACUCCAGAGGGUGUCGCCGCAGCGCAAGCAGACAAUGGCAGUCCUAGCAUGAAGAAACUGAACAUGGCGAAAAAGGGAACCAAGAGGAGGUUAAAGUCUAGAGGAAUCGGUUCUCUAGGCGUGGCAUCAGAGAGAGCUUUAUCAAUCCCUCAGAUAACUUAUGAUCACAUUGAUGACACUGGGGCAAAGAAGGAAGUACCGUUUUUCCUCGAGGAGCCAAGAGGGACAGUUGAAGGAAUUGCCAGGAUACUUGGAAAAACAGGGCCUCCCCACCACUCUUGGUCGUCUUUCACUCUGAGCUGCCCGGCUUCUCCAGUUAAGAGGAAUCACAAUAAAAGCACGUCCAUUGAUAUCUCCCGUGCCAGCAGCUUAACCGAUGAGCUGGAUGACAUGAGUGAGGAUAUUCCCCUGCCUGUGGUUACUGACAAGAAUCAGCUGUCCCAUGCCCAGAGGUCUGCGGUAAAAGUCCUACGUAGAAUGAAGUACUUUGUGGCAAGGAAGAAAUUUCAGCAAGCGCGGAAGCCCUAUGAUGUGCGAGACGUGAUCGAGCAGUAUUCCCAGGGUCACCUCAACAUGAUGGUGCGCAUCAAAGAGCUGCAGAGAAGACUGGACGGCACUCUGGGGAAGCCAGGAAUGUUUCUCCCAGGUAAAGGGGAAGAUAAAGAAUACCCAACUAUCGGGGCACGACUGAUCAGACUAGAAGAUAAGGUCCAACAGAUAGACCAGAAAAUGGACUCGGUCCUGCGAAUCCUAACGGAGCAGUUCCCACCCAAGUCGGAGCUAACAUCCAAACCCUCCAUCCGCAGGGUGACCAUCCAGAAGCGCAUGGGUGCUAGCAUUGAUGAAGCGCCCUGAUGUCACAGAGACGCUCACACUGGAUACGAUGAUAUCACCAAAGGACAAUUACAGGAUUGGAGUUCUCAUUAACCGCCUAGCGCCCUGUGUAAUGGCCAUUUUGCAAAUAAUAAGGGGUCUCAGUCUUCCAAAACACCUUCUCUUUCCUUUCUUAAGCCCUAAUUUUCUCAUGAUUUUUUUAUCCUUGAGACAAGAACAACUUUAACUGUCUACCUAACACUUAUCUGGGAAAUGAAGGCAAAACAAGCUCUGCGGUGAGUUUUGUGGCGUAGACAGCAAGUUGACUGACAUCUUCCUCUGGAUGUUUGAGAGCCUCUGUUCUGGUCUUGUUUUUUUUUUUUUCUCCUCCUCUCAAUGUAGCUUUUGUCUCCUGCACCAGUAAAAUUGCCCCUGUAGCACACAGUUAUUCAAGCAGUGACAUGCUCUAUGAAUUUAUUUCACUACAUUAGCCUCAUAAUCACACUACUCUGUGAUGUUAAUUUAUGUGUGGCCUGUCACUGAGCAGAAAUUCCUCUACUCCAAAUAGUACUCCAAUGCUAACUAACCCCUUAAUGAAGUCAUAAUGCUAUCAAAGCACUCCAGUUUCUCAAAGACUUAGAGAAAAACCGAAGGUCCAGAGUGCAGAGGCAUUCCUCAAAUUGUUCUGAUUAUCUUGGCACCAUCAGCACCCACACAAAAGGGUUAUUUCCAUAGACACAUAUCCAUCCAGCCUAACUGUACUUAGACUGUGGCAGAUGUUUGUUAAUAGUGAUCGAAUAACACAAGAAAGGAAAGGCACAUUAUCUGUUGAUUUUUGUCCUACACUAGAGACUUGGAAGGUUGGCACAGUAGAAAUGUGUCUUGACUGGGUCCAGUGGUUGACAUAGUACUGAUUUAGGGCAAAGCUAAUUAAAAACAGCCAAACUGCCGUGACAGGACCUGGGGCCAUGUUACAGGAAUACAAUCAAGAGUUAUGGGUCAGUCUCUGAGUUUGUUCAAGGCUUUACAAGGAGUUUUCAUAUAGUUAUCAGUCUCAAACAAGCUUAACAGAACAUGUACACCACAAUCUGCAGGACUCAAUAAUUAAUAAUCUGUAACUCUCAUCAGGGCACACAUACAUACAGCCGUGUUUGAUUUUAAAUAAAUGUGCCCCAUGAAAACUCUGAUUAUUUUUGUUCUUCUUGAGCUAGUUAAGUGCUGAAUUCCAAGUAAAGGGAAAUUACUUACUGUGAGUGACUAAUGAAAAGAAACAGUAGAAAGUGGGAGAAAUUGACACUAAGUUUUGAGGAGCAGGCAUAUUAAUUCUACGUUAAAGCUUGGGAAAUAUCAGACCACUGCAGAACGCAGUCAUUUGAAAGAAACAGUCAAUGUUCUGACUGGGUUUCUGUAUCUCUGUGACAGUGGGACCGCUGAGGCAUGUAAGAAGUAGAAAAAAAAAUAGCUCAACUAUGUAGCCUCCAGUAAUUAUAGCAUACACAUUCCUAAAAAGAUGAAUACACAAACAAAAGCGGGGCGAACAAGAGAAGCAGAAAGAGUGGAGGCUUUUUCUCUGCACUAGUAUGUACUUUCAUGUUUGCAGUGGUUUAAAUUAGCUAUUAAUUAUCUUCUAAUAAGUAAAGUGGUUGUAUAUUAAAGUUUAUGACAGACCUUCAUACAUGUAAGCCUGUCUCUUCUCCUGUACAGUUUUCUAAGACUUGUAAAUAGAAACAUUGCCUUAUUGCACUCUAUUUAUAAUAAUGUGAAAAGAUCAACCCAGAAUAUGUUUGCUUGUUGGAUUAAAGUGAUAUGCGGUGAGGCUCCUGUUGUACAAAUGGAUGGAAAUGAUUGUAAAUGAUAU